AUGGGCCGGAAAAAGAAGAACUCCGGGCAGGCGAGUAGCUCGUCGACUCCGGGAACUUCGGAGAAGGUUGAUAAUGUACCAAAUACAAAAGUUUUAGAAGAUACAGAGGAGGAAAUCAAUGAAACAGUAACUCAUGAGAUGCAACCAGAAGUAAUGGAGAAAUCUCUUGUAGAUGAUGCUCAGCAACGAUGGAAAACCUUUACAUCUCAGGCUCGUAUCUCUGAAAAAGGUAUGGGAUUAAAAUUUGUAGCUCUGAUGGUUGUGAAUGGAGAUUUUAUUGCUAAACUUGAUAAGCAUGAUGUUGAUACUCAAACGAAAAACUGGGAAGAUGCAUUAGUGGUAUAUGUUGUUGGUCAAAACCCUACCCUCACUUCUGUUACUCAGUAUGUGAAUGUUUAUUGGCAUUUAAAAUAUGAACCUGCAAUUUUCAAACAUGAAGAAGGUUUCUUCAUUGUUAAGUUAAAUGGUAAGGAAGACAGAGAUAGAAUAUUACUCACUGGACCACAUUUGUUUUAUGGAAAGGCUAUGAUAGUGAAGAAAUGGUGUGCUACUUUUAAUUUUCAUGAGGAAAUAUUGAAGGUGGUGCCAGUUUGGGUGAAAUUUCCUAAUCUUCCUUUAAGCUGCUGGGGAGGGGACUCUCUUAGUAGCAUAGGAAGUAUUAAAGGAGUUCCUCUCUUUGCUGAUGAAUGUACUAGCAAAGGUCUGCGAAUCUCUUUUGCAAGAGUCUUGGUGGAGAUUGAUGUAACUCAAAAACUUCAGGAGGAAGUGAGAGUAGAGGAUCCUAAUGGAAAAUGCUUUUGUCAGAAGGUUGUUUAUGAAUGCCUUCCCCCUUUUUGCAAGAAAUGCAGUAAGGUUGGUCACAAUUGUGAGGCUUACACUGAAAAUAGAGCAAAGGCUAAGGUCACUCAGAAAUGGGUGCCUAAGAAAGUUAAUGCUCCAAUCAGUAGCAAUGUGGAGGUUUCUAAUCCUAUAGAGGCUCAUUUACAACCAAUUUUAGAAAAUGGGGCAUCAGCUGUGGUUAUUACUCCAGUGGCUACUCCUGUGAAUGUGGCUACCCCUGUGAAUGUGGCUGCUACAAAAGAGGAUGAAGGAGCAUGGAAGGUUGUCACAAGGAAAACAAAGGAUAAAGGCAAAGGGAUACAGAGUGGAGUGCAGCUUCAAUUUGGCUCAGGCUUACCUGGGGGUGCUAGGGGACCAAACCCCUAUUUAUCCUAA